ACAGCGUCCCGUGAGGUUUCCAUGGUAGAGCUCUCGGCCCCCAGUCCCUGCGCUUCCUCUUCGACUUGAGCGCCCUGAACGGGAAGGCAGGCGCCGGGUCCCUCCCGCGCCGUCAACUCCACCUGGGGGGAGAAGUUAGGGGAGCUGGUGACGCUCUAGGCGAGCUCGUUCACGUCUCUAUGGUGCCGAGCACUCCUGUGCGCCGCUCCCGCGCGUCGGGGCGGACGUUGCCCCUUUAAUCGGCGGAGGGCGGUGCCGAAGAGGUCCCGCGAGAGCAGCGGGGGGCGGGGGGCGGUGCCGAGGCCGGGGGCCCGUGGCGGAUGGAGCCCGCGAUGGAGCCGGAGACUCUGGAGGCGCGAAUCAACAGAGCCACCAACCCCCUAAACAAGGAACUGAAUUGGGCCAGCAUCAACGGCUUCUGCGAGCAGCUUAACGAGGACUUUGAGGGGCCUCCACUUGCCACCCGGCUGUUGGCUCACAAGAUCCAGUCACCGCAGGAGUGGGAGGCGAUCCAAGCCCUGACGGUUCUGGAAACAUGCAUGAAGAGCUGCGGCAAAAGGUUCCAUGACGAGGUGGGCAAGUUCCGCUUUCUCAACGAGCUCAUCAAGGUCGUGUCUCCCAAGUACCUGGGCUCGAGGACGUCAGAGAAGGUGAAGAACAAAAUCUUGGAGCUCCUCUACAGCUGGACGGUCGGCCUGCCCGAGGAGGUGAAAAUCGCCGAGGCCUACCAGAUGCUGAAGAAGCAGGGGAUUGUGAAGUCUGACCCGAAGCUUCCAGAUGAUGCCACCUUUCCUCUUCCUCCUCCACGACCCAAGAAUGUGAUCUUCGAAGACGAGGAGAAGUCCAAGAUGCUGGCCCGCUUGCUGAAGAGCUCCCACCCCGAGGACCUCCGAGCAGCCAACAAACUCAUCAAGGAGAUGGUGCAGGAGGACCAGAAGCGGAUGGAGAAGAUCUCAAAGCGGGUGAGCGCCAUUGAGGAGGUCAACAACAACGUGAAACUGCUGACCGAGAUGGUGAUGAGCCACAGCCAGGGCGGGGCCUCAGCCCGCAGCAGCGAGGACCUCAUGAAGGAGCUGUACCAGCGCUGUGAGCGGAUGCGGCCAACACUCUUCCGACUGGCCAGUGACACAGAAGACAAUGACGAGGCCUUAGCCGAGAUCCUGCAGGCCAACGACAACCUCACGCAGGUGAUCAGCCUGUACAAGCAGCUGGUGAGGGGGGAGGAGGUGAACGGCGAAGCGGCAGCCGGCUCCGGCUCCCUGCCUGGGAGCACCUCAGCCUUGUUGGACCUCUCUGGCCUGGAUCUCCCUCCUGCGGGCACCACCUACCCUCCUAUGCCCACGCGCCCUGCUGACCCGGCCAGCCCUGAGCAGCCUAGCACCUCAGUUUCCCUGCUUGACGAUGAGCUCAUGUCUCUGGGACUCAGCGACCCCACACCUCCUCCAGGCCCAAGCUUGGACGGUGCUGGAUGGAACAGCUUCCAGCUCUACCCGUCUGCACGCUUUGUAUAUGCCCAACAGUCCUCCGAUGGCGCAGAACCCCCAGCCCCGCCUCGGGUCCCCAACACGGACAGCCAGCCCUCUGCGCAGACGCCCCUGCCAGCGAGCAGUGGUCUGGACGACCUGGAUCUCCUGGGGAAGACCCUCCUGCAGCAGUCACUGCCCCCAGAGUCCCAGCAAGUGCGGUGGGAGAAGCAGCAGCCGGCCCCCCGGCUCACACUUCGGGACCUGCAGAAUAAAAGCAACUGCAGCUCACCCAGCUCCAGCGCCCCCAGCCUCCUCCACGCCGCCUCCCCCGAGCCCCCCGGGCCUCUGCAACAGCCCACGACGACUGAUUUCUCACUGGCCAGCAUCACUGUGCCCCUGGAGUCCAUCAAACCCAGCAGCAUCUUGCCAGUGACGGUGUAUGACCAGCAUGGCUUCCGGGUCCUCUUCCACUUUGCCCGAGACCCGCUGCCCGGGCGCUCGGACGUGCUGGUGGUGGUGGUUUCCAUGCUGAGCACCGCCCCCCAGCCCAUCCGCAACAUCGUUUUCCAGUCAGCUGUUCCCAAGGUCAUGAAAGUGAAGCUGCAGCCGCCCUCAGGCACGGAGCUGCCAGCAUUUAACCCCAUCGUCCACCCCUCAGCCAUCACCCAGGUCCUGCUCCUUGCCAACCCCCAGAAGGAGAAGGUUCGGCUCCGCUACAAGCUUCUCUUCACCAUGGGCGACCAGACCUACAACGAGAUGGGGGAUGUGGACCAGUUCCCCCCACCCGAGACCUGGGGGAGCCUCUAGAACAGGGAGGGGGCGGGGAGAGGAGAGGGCAGCGGGACCGGGCACCGUCUAGCCUGGGUGGGAGGCUGUGGUGGCCUCGGACACCCUUUAUUCCCGUGGUGAGAUCCCUUGGGCCUGGUGCUUCUCCCCUCACCCCUGUGGCCCCCCUCCUUCCUGGUCCCCCUCCCCUGCGGAGCUGAACCCAGCAGGAGGCUGGGCCUGGGUUUUCACUGCUAGGGACCUUCGCCACAGGGGGGAGCGUGGAGCAGGGAGCAGCUGUGUGGCCCUGGAAGGACCUGGGGUCAUGGGGGAGAAGCAUGGCUGUCAGGCAGAGGCCAGGACGUCAGGCCCAGCCCCGACCUCAGCCCGGGGUGGGGUCAUCCCCACCUUUCUCUUAUGCCUUAUGGGAAGGCCCAGCCAUAACUCGGGGGGCCAUGCUGGUGCAGGAACCAGCUCAGGUCUCCUCCAUAGGAACCGGGUGACUGGGGGGGUGACGCCUGCUCCCCCAGCUCUUUGCACUCUGUGGUGUGUGGUUUGACUCUUUGCUUUUCUUUCUCCGUGGCCCUGUGGUCACCAUCUCAGGAGGCCCAGUUGGGGGAGCCUCAUGUGCCCCCCACUUCUCAUGGGGGUUUCACUCCACUCACCUGCCCCCUUUGCCGUCAGGCCUCCUGAGGAGCUGUGGGGGCUGUGGCUGCUGGCGCAGAGGUUGUGGCGGAGCCGGGUGCCCCAGGGCUCCUGGGCUCCAGGGCUCCUGGCCGAGGGAGGCCCUGCACUGGAGCUCCUCAGUGCAUCUCCUUCGGUCGCCAGCCUCUGCUGGGGCCUCCCAUGGGUGCCUCCCCUCUGCCCAUCCAUCUGUCGGGGGGCUGAGUGGGGUGGGUGUGUGAGUGAGAGCAGGAGUAUUUAUGGAAAUAAAAACGUCCUUUUUUCCUGUA